GCAGCCACACUAGAAAAUCUGUUCGGCUUUCGUCGACAAAGUCUACCAGAAACAAAGUAGCCCGCGCCCCCGUGUGUGUGGCACCAUUUCGAUGCGUUUCGGGGAGCCCUAGUGCGGUGGAAAAUGGUAAUAUGCUUCGGAAAUAGUGUCGAGGGAAACAUCAGCGUUAACCACUUCCGUCUGUAUUCCCCGAUGUGAUUCGAUUUCGAGCAUAUAAAUGAGCAGCGCCGUGCGAGUGAAAGAGCGCGAGCAAAUCGAGAUUCGGUGGCCGAGUGAACGAGAGAAGUAAAUAACAAAAAAAAGGAAAAUACACUUCACAGUGGCCAGAGAGUGGAGGAGAGUGCGACAAGUGCGUUAGGAUAGUGUCCUGGAAGCUAUUUGAAUCAGUCAAAAAAUAAAUAGAAAUAAUUCAGAGCGAACGGGGAGAACCGAUUCUCCCGAUCGUGAACAAGUCCAGUUCCCCCAACGUAGGCGAAAACUCCGCAGGCGCCACACAACAUAAUAACGAUGGCGCGGCUGACCGAGGAAAUGGUGAUUGCCCGGUCGAAGCAGUCCGAUCUGGGCGCAAUCAAGAAGCUGAACUGCUGGGGCAGCGAGCUGAGCGACGUUUCCAUCAUUCGGCGCAUGCGUGGCGUGGAGGUGCUAGCUUUCAGCGUUAAUCGAAUCAGUACGCUAGCGGAUUUCGAAAACUGUAUCAACCUACAGGAGCUGUAUCUCAGGAAGAACAAUCUGACCGACAUCGACGAGUUGGUCUUCCUCCAGAAUCUUCCGAAACUUAAAUUCCUGUGGCUGGAGGAGAACCCGCUGGUGGAGAGUGCCGGACCGACCUAUCGGCAGAUAGUGUUACGCGCGUUGCCAAACCUCAAGAAGCUCGAUAAUGUCGAUGUCACGCCGGAGGAAGUCGCCGAAGCGAUACGAGCGCCGGUCGCUCAACCGCAACCGAGGCACGAGAUAUACGAGGAUCCUUCGCCACCGCCCCAACCGUACCAGCAGCAGCCUCCGUCACAGCCGCAACAGCAGCAAUACCGUCAGCAGAGUCCAGUGAUUGAGCAGCAGAUGAGCCCGGAAAAUACGGAGUCCGAGUGCAUCAGUGAUCCCGCGGAUCGGGCCUCGCUCCCGUCCUCACCGCUGCAGCGAAGCCCUUCGAACAGGGAGUUCUGCUACUCACCACCGUCAAAAGCACCGCCACAAGCACAGAAUCCGCCUGCAUCAUCGCACUGCACCGCAAGCAGCCACCGUGGCUCCUACCAGCAGUUCGAUAGGUCGCCCGGCUCGGACCAGGACAGUCCGGUAUCGGGAUACCGAGAACGUGUCCCGAUUGCACCGAGCAUGUCGACACACUCGAUGAAGGAAUACUAUCAGUCGGAUUAUCAACGGCAAAAUCCUCCCGCCCACUACCGCCACAGUCAGAUGGAUUUGACCGAGUGGGACGAAUCGUCGCCAACAUCGAACCAUCAGAAUAACAAUAACAACAACGGAGGCCAAAACUCUGGCAGCCAGCACGGCCAGCAGCAGCAGCAAGGCCCGCACGGUCAAUCGCACUACCAGCAGAACCGUCGGAGCAUCGCCGGAAGUACGGUGAACGAGCGGGAACUGUACCAGUACCGGAAUGGGAAUGGCAAUGGCAAGGGUCCGGAUUCGCGGGACGAAUGGGAAGACGUUGACCGACGGCGGAAUGAGAACAGGCGAUCCGAUUCCCGGUUCAACGAUAGCGCCAGUGUCAUCUCCAAUGCGCUGCUGAAUCACUUCGCCGGAGUGCACCGAAGACCUGUCAGUAGAAACUCCAAUCUCCUGUCGGCCACGCUGUGUCUGGUGAAGGAGUUGGACUAUCCUAGUCUGGAGGUGGUAGAGCAUGCAGUUCGUUGCCGUAUCGAUGAGCUGUCAGAGUAAGGGUUCGAGGAACUCUGCUUUACCGUUUUAAUCCUCUCGUUCGCCGAUAUGUUCCAUUGUACCGGAAAAUGCGUCCUCAAUCUUAAUCUCCCCGCGUUCCUUAGGAACACUUUUUCAUGGUAACAGCGGAGAAAAAACUUAAACUCUUCCUGCUCACAACAAUUGCAACAACAAUGAAUGGGACAGCGUUCAUUUUUGCCCCUCAUUCCGUGUUACAUGAUGGUUCACGACGCGUUGUGGCAUUUUUUCUCGCCAAGCUGGAAGCUAAGGAGAAGAAUGCAACGGUUGCAAGUUGGUUGCUGCUAAUGGUCCAGUGUCACUGUUAUCCCGAUGUUUAAUACCACUUCUCAGCGCUCAGACUAUAAUCCCGUUUCGCUUAUUCACGUUCUGAAGCAAUAAUAGAAAAAAACAGCUGGAGAACUAUGAACACGGUGAAGAGGUGAAGUUUGUCCGGCGAAUAGAGGAAACUCUUUAGCCUCUUUGGACAAUCGCAUCAAUCCGUUAUGGGAUUGCGCGUAAAGGAUUCCAAGUGAAGUGAAAAGGGAUAAGUUUACUACGUGGCUUAUGCAAUCGGUAGGCGGUUUAUGGUAGUAAUGAUAAACUUAACUAAACUUUGUGAUGAGGGCAAGAGGAGAACCUAAACACAGGACGCAGCUUUCGGUGGGUGUCUUUCUUUUUUGUAACGAGUAUACCCGUCAAAUAGGAAGAAAAGACUUAAUAACUUUAUAGCAAAACAAUACUUCUCGAAGGUUCACUCAAACCAGCUGAAGCAGAGGGACUCGAAAUGUUUUUGCCAACAAGCGGAGAAAUUAGCCGUUAGUGGAGAGAAAGAGCAUAUAAAACUAGGACAUAACCAAACUGAAGGAAAUAAUAAAACUACCACAAAAUACCAGGCGGUGUGAGACGUGAACGUGCAGGGAUUGGUGCAGUGGUAUGAUUCGAAAAGGGCCGCAAAAGGGAAUGAUCGAAACGAAUGCUUAAGAAUGCUUUAGCUAACUGCCUUUCUAAGUUAAUGGAAUCAUUGCGAAUGGCGAACUUCUGGUGGUUCGGCGCUAGGAUAAUGCAGGAAAUGGUUGAUUUGUUUAGGUAGGAAUUUGAAUGCGUUAGUUAAGGAAGGCUGUUUGUUGUCUCGAAGAGAUGCAUUUGGAAGGGACGAUCCGUACGUUACAAGAAGCGCAUACCGAACUCCGAAGUCCGAGGCAGUACAAAUUUUGUUAAAAAAUCUCACAACAGAAGCAACCGUCACAGCAGUGGCCCGAUCCGUUAUUUUGCUUGUUUGUUAACCGUCCUUAGCGAGCCCCGGGCCCGAGUGAAAGAGGGCUAUUAAGUGCAAUCAGUAUCAUUCGCUACCGCCAGCGUCAAUAAUAAGCCAACCAACGUUGCGUCCAUGGAAUGGAGAAGCUUGUUUGUUUUUAAUUUAAAAGAACGAAAGCAUCCGCGUUGCAUUUGUACUUUGUUUCAGUCGUGCAGCAAAAACCGCGAUCAAGUGAGAGCUGCUGAAGUGUGUAAAGAAUUAGUUUUACCUUCGCUGCGAUCCCUAGAUGGUAUAGAAGGAAAUGAUACGAGAGAUUAGUUAGUGAAGGAUCGGGAUGAAUGGAACCACAGGAACGUUUCGUAAAAAUACUAGAAAACGAACAAUUCUAAUUAAUAAACCAGAAAAACUAGUGUAACAUACUAUUAAUAAAGGUACUAAUAGAAUA